GAGUCGACGGAACCAUAUUUUAUGGGAAUAUUCACGAUCGAAUGUGUGCUUAAAGUGAUUGCCUUCGGUUUCAUACUUCACAAGGACUCUUAUUUGCGCAGCGGCUGGAACAUACUCGAUUUUAUUGUUGUUGUCAGCGGAGUUAUUUCCAUGCUUCCUUUCACGACUAGUGGCGUGGACUUACGGACGCUCAGGGCAGUUCGAGUCUUAAGGCCGCUGAAACUUGUAUCAGGCAUUCCAAGCCUUCAAGUGGUGCUAAAAUCUAUACUUUGUGCCAUGGCUCCACUUUUGCAAAUAGGACUGCUUGUUCUUUUUGCCAUUGUAAUAUUUGCAAUCAUAGGAUUGGAAUUCUAUUCAGGAUCGUUCCAUAGCACUUGUUACAACGAAGAAGGUAAUUUAAUUGGCGUUUGUCUUUCGAGACCACAUAACGGUUCAGCAGUUCUAGAAAAACCUGUAUCAAUUGGAAAUAAACUUUUUCCUUGCACUAACAAAACAACCAAUGGCGCAUAUCACUGCCCGAGUGGAACUGCAUGCAAGGAAAAAUGGAUUGGGCCAAAUUAUGGCAUCACGUCUUUCGACAAUAUUGCUUUCGCCAUGCUCACCGUGUUCCAAUGCAUCACAAUGGAAGGCUGGACUUCCGUUAUGUACUAUACGAAUGAUUCGCAAGGAGACACGUUCAAUUGGCUAUACUUUAUACCUCUAAUUAUAUUGGGCUCUUUUUUCAUGUUGAACUUGGUUCUUGGAGUUCUCAGCGGUGAAUUUGCUAAGGAACGAGAGCGAGUCGAGAAUCGACGUGAAUUUCUGAAGUUACGCAGACAACAGCAGAUUGAACGUGAAUUGAACGGAUACCUUGAGUGGAUAUGUAAAGCCGAAGAAGUAAUCCUCAGCGAAACGAGAACCACCGAGGAGGAACGACAAGCGAUCAUGGAAGGUGAGUCAUUGAGUCACCAUCGAUUGAAUAAAUGA